CUAUGAACCCCGCCUCUCUGGCACCCUCUCGCCUGAUUCUAGUCCAUCUCGUCACUUGCUAUUCAGGAAGAACAUGUCAUGCAUUGGAUAUGUGCUGAAAGACCAACAUGCCUAGCAACUGUACCUUAUCUAGGUGCAAAGCACUCUUUUAAAUAAGCAUGAGCAUUUUGAAGCUGCCCUGCUCAGUGACAGACGUCCAUUCAAAAGUUGCUGGAGAAGUGGAAAAUGGCACUGAGAUUCUCCAACAGGCACAGAAGAUGAGGUGGAGUAUCCUUAUCCCAGAUGACCAGCAGAGGAGCCCACACCAUCAGCUUCUGAACUAAGGUUGCCUCUCAGUUCUGUUCAGUGUCCAUGGCCUGGAGGAAUGGCUAGCAAUGUCACAAGAAGUUCAGUGACGUUCAUAACUCCACCGGGGCAGUGUCACAUUCUUCUCUGUGCCAGCUCACUCUUAUUCUAUGUCUGCCACUGUACUUAACUCCCACCAAGGCUCAUGCUCUGCUGCUCUCACUAUUGCAUACGACAUCUUUCUUUACUCUCUCUCAACUUCCCAGCAUGGCCUCUGCAUUGCCUCCUCACUCACCUAAGACACCUCAUCAUCUUUCAAACCUUUGUACCAGUACUUGUUUUGCCCAUUUUCAUCUCACUCAAUCUGUCCCUUUCUCUGAUUCCAGGAAGAGGCAGCCCACAGUUGGGCAGAACGGGCCGAGAGGGAUGCUCAUCAUCAAUCUCCUCACCCACCAUGGGAAGAAAAUUCUGCCCCUUGCAGGAGAAGAUUGGGACAACGUGUCUGCUAGCAGAGAUUUUCAUGGUCCUGGUAGAGAAAGGGGCCGCUCUGCCAGAAACCACCUCCUUGAUCUACGAGGAAGAGGUUUGAGAUCUUGGAGGAAGAAUUGGCAAGGCUGGCUCCUACACCUAUCCCCUAACCAGCUCCUACUGACAGCUCAGUGGGAAUGUCAUGUUUAAAAAGUCUGGGAGCACAAGUUGUUAUGCACUGCACCGCGUCAACUCCUCAGCAUGCUGACGAAGAGGCGCCCCAGGCCGUUGGGAACUCCAUUCACUAGCAUAGGGAGGAAAAGGAGCAGCAGACAGAUUUGUGGUUGGCGAUGGCAAGAGGUUGCAGAAUUUCAGCUAUGCUGUGGAAAUCCAGCUGCUUCAAGCUUGUGUUCUCUGGCUGUAUCCAUGGGCAGGUUUGCAGCUGCCAUGGAGAGCCAGUUCCAACACCCACAGUGUCUGCUGGAGAGUGCACACACCAGCAUUGCAUUGUCCCAAUCAUUGGUCAUCAGGCAACAGGAGGAUCGGAGCUUGGCUCACAUUUCAGGUGCCUCUUCUUCAGAAGGAGACAGAAUUUUGCCACGAGGACCCAGCCAGCAGUGGAACUACACAUUUGCCCCAGGAGUCGCCUCAAGAGCACUCCAUAUUUGGUCACGCCCUCCACCUCCACCCUUCCUCACUCUUUCCCAACGCAUAAGAGUUCAAGUUGAUGAGGGUCUGUUUGCUUCUGGCAAGUCUGGGCUAUCGGGCACAGACACGCUCCAGGUAUCUGGUGAAACCUCCAAGGCCAUUGGGCUUCACUGCUGGAGUGUAGACGGGAAGAUGGAGCUGAGACCACAUCAGAUCAGUCAUGAUCUUACUAAAGGCUCAAAGUACAAAAUGGCCUACCCUUCUUUGUAAGUCCUCUUUUCCUAUGUGACAAAGAAUACUCUGCUGUCAUUGCUCACGACUUCCUUCAGCAGAACUCAACAGUUCUGGCAGUAUCUGUUGAGAGAAACAUAGUUGAUGUUUACUGUCCAGUGAGCCUUCAUCACCCCAUCCCCUAAUCAGAGGCAUUCUGACGACUUCCCUCAGUUGAACUCAGCAGGUCUGACAGCAUCUGUGAAGAAGAAAUCAGAGUUAAUGGUUCGGGUCCAGUUCUGAGGAAGGGUCACUGGACCCGAAACAUUAACUCUGCAGUUCUUUCGGUUUUUAACUUAGUGUUAGAUUUAGAUAUCCUGACCACAACAAAGAGGAAUUCUAGGUGCCGUCUAAUUGAAGAGCACUUUUGAGACAUAUCCUCAACCAUUAGACUGGUUGGCAAUGCCAUGUGCUUUCCCUUUCAAGACUGAAGAUCCACCAGAAAGUUCACUACUCUCAUUCAUUUCAAAGGCUUCCUUUUAAAGAUCACAAUCAAAAUGACCACCAGUUCCACCACUCUCCAUUUGUCAUAUUUGGUCUUUUAUCUGCAGUCAUAGUACAGUAAUCAGAAAAAUGACAACCAGCAAAUAUGAAACUUUUUUGUACUGGUAUUUAACCUUAACAGGUUUCUUUUCGAUUUUGAAUCAGUCUGUUCAGAGAAGAUAUUACACACCUCUGGAGCAGGUGGGACUUCAAACUGGGCCUCUGGUCCAGGACUAGGGACAAUACUACUAUGCCACAAGAACCUUAAUAGCUAUCCUACUCAGCUGCAGCUGCGAAGUGCAGUCUCAGUGGUAGGUGAAUUGGAUGGCUGCUGAGAUUCUGAAUAUAACGGCUUAAAAGUCGCCUUAAAUCUAAAAGGUUUUGGGUCAUGAUGGUCCUGCCUUAGGCUGAAUCAUCUCAGCAUAGAUUGAACAGUCUGGAAAAAUAGCUUACCGAGCAAGGCAGUGAUCAGUUGGUGGGGAGGAAAAAAUAAUGCUGACAUUCACAGAUAAAUCAGAGGGUUCCAGCUCUGUGAUUCUUACACUAUCGUCAAGGAUUGGGUUCAGCCAACUCAAGGAUCAGAAAGCUGUCACAGUAGUUGCAUAAGUUUCCAUUUGUGUACCUUGCUGUUCCGUAGAAAUUGCAAUGACUUUGCAAUGCAGAGUAAAGUUCUGACCUCGCUCCACAGAUUUUUUUAACCUGGAAUUGGCCAGCCUCUUCUGUAUAGAAACGAUGGUUUCAGGCUGUGUGAAAUCACAACCCAAGGCAAAAGUGCACUCUUACGUCCUUAGCCAGACCCCAUAAUCAUUGAAGCAGAUUAUCCAUUGAACCAAGUGUUUGAUCGUCUCCCACAUUAUCCUGCUUCUGAAAGUUGUUUCUGUGGUUUUCUCCCUCAUUUGACUUCUGCAUAGAAUUGGUUUGCAACCUUGUCCUCUCUAGCCCAGAAAGGUUCUAUCUGUGGUCUCUCUUCCAACUGGAUGUUGCUGCUCACAUGUGCUGUAUGCAUCACUGUGCCCAUCUACUACCUGUUUGUACAAUUCAACAAAUUACCCGACUUCCUCACUCUCCUUGGGACUUUUUGGUCCUUAUGUCAGAAAAGAAUACUGUCUUCAUGGUUUCCCUUUUCAACAACACAUGAAUUAACUGGAUGAAUCUGCGUGAUGCAGAAACCGGAAAAGUUUUAUGGCAAGGCACAGAAGAUCUCUCGUUACCUGGAGUGGAGCAUGAAGCUCGUGUUCCUAAAAAGAUCCUAAAAUGCAAAGCUAUUUCCCGAGAGUUAAACUUUUCCUCAUCUGAACAGAUGGAAAAGUUCAGACUAGAGCAAAAGGUUUUCUUCAAAGGACAGUGCUUAGAAGAAUGGUUUUUUGAAUUUGGCUUUGUCAUUCCUAAUUCCACAAACACUUGGCAAUCAUUAAUAGAAGCAGCACCAGAAUCACAGAUGAUGCCAGCUAAUGUGUUAACCGGUAAUGUAGUCAUUGAAACCAAAUUCUAUGACGAUGAUCUUCUUGUAAGUACUUCCAAAGUCAGACUUUUCUACGUCUGAAGUGAAUUCUCUACUGUUUGGUACGAAAUGUCUUGCUGAUGACAGACGGAUGAGACAUUUUUCAGCGUCAUGUGACCAAUGGACCAGCUGUACCUGGAUGGCAACUGGCAAAUUAAGUUCUUCAGAAUUGAAUUAGAAGAUUGGAAUAAGCAAGACUCCAAGUACAAAAGAACAGAACUUUUGUAACAGAAAUAUGGGCAGUAACACUUAAAUACUGUACUUUCUUGAGACCAAUGUUGUACAUUAUUUUAAAUGCUUUUUGUUUUGCUUUGAAUCUGUAUACAUUGUUUUCCUUCCUUAAUUUGUACCAUGCAUAAUUUCACUUCAAGUUACUUUAGAAUUUUGUCUAUGUUGAUUAUUUAGUUCUUUUUUAUUGACUGCUGUAAUUUGUGACACAAUUCUCAGUUGUAACGAAGUGUAAAGUACUCCUAGUAUGUUACUUAAGUUUAUAAUCCAUAAUUAAGUAAAUGAUAGGACUGAGCAAGAUUGCAGUCUUAAAGAAAUAAAAGCUGUUGCUUCUGUA